AUUCCAGUAAGAAAGACCAAUGCUACCUAAGGCGGAUCAUCCACCUUCGCCCUAUGAAUAGUCGCUUCUUUUACCAACAGCUUGCGAAUGCGAACUUUGCAUUCCAAAUACUGAAGAUAGGAUCGUGGAUAUAGGAUAUGAUGGCUGUCUUCCGUCAAGGGGCUGCGCCGCUGAUGAUUCGCGCUGUUGGAAGUAUAUAUGACAAUGAGGUCGCUUCACUUAGCUCUCUUUCGAAAUGUUAGAUGAUUGUCAAAUUCAAGUCAUUUUUUUGGACAUAUUGCCUUGUAUAGGGAUAUCUGACCAUUAUGUUGAUUACUCUACUAACCCGAGCCUUCAAGUCGAAGAAGGAUAACAAACAACAAAACAAACCAACAAUACCAUGUAUACACGAGAGGAAUAUCGAGCAAGACGGACUAAACACACAACCCAUAGAGGAGACUUUCCAACCCGGGAACUGUCUCCAAUGUAAGGCCGAGGAGCGAGAGGCUUCCAAGUAUCGAUGGAAACUUGUGCUAUGUCUACUCAUGCCCUAUGCUCUUCAAGCACUCGACGUAACCAUCGUCGCUAGUGCGUUACCAUGGAUUGCUGCUGAUUUCGGCGAAAUCGCCCAACUUAACUGGAUCAUCUCAGCCUUCAACCUGACUUCGGCCGCAUUCAUCCCCUUCUGGGCGCAGAUGGCCGAUAUAUUCGGGCGACACUGGUCUCUCCAGAUGUGCUCCUUUAUCAUGUUAGUCGGCAGCGCCUUAUGUACCGGUGCUCCCACGACCGCCUUCGGCGCUUUUCUCCUCGGUCGAGCUCUCCAAGGUGUUGCCUGUGCGGGACUUAACACGAUUAUUCGUGCUAUACUAGCAGACAAGGUUUCGUUGGAAGAGAAUGCGAAGAAUUGGAGUCUCUUCUCGCUAGUAGGGGGCUUGUGUUAUGGACUCGGCCCCGUCAUCGGCGGUUACCUCACUGCGGCUAACUGGAGGUGGUGUUUUGGGAUUAAUCUACCUAUCGCCUUCGUUGGUAUCUUGGUUAUCUUUUUCUUUCUGAGGAAUGAUCUCCUAGGGCCUCAGCCGAUCCCCGAAUUAGACGAGAGUGGGACCGGUCAUCGAGAGAGAUUUGCCAGGCGCAUUAUGACUCUUGAUAUCGGCGGACAGCUUCUAUUUCUGUUCGGAUUUGGUCUCAUAAUCCUGGCCUUGACGUGGGGUGGUGCAACUUACGAUUGGAACCAUCCCGCGGUGCUUGUUCCUCUCAUCGUCGGUACCUUGAUAGCGUGCGCUUGGCUUUACUACGAAUACUCGAUGGCCCCGGGCGGCGCAUUGUCGUUGAAGUUGUCUACCCAGCGGCCAAUGUUGCCCUGGAACGUGAUGAAGAACCGAAAUAUUGGCCUCUUAUCAUACGUCAACUUCGCCACGGGGAUGGCUAUGUAUAGUGUUCUUUACUUUGUCGACAUUUACUUCACCAUUGUCAAGGGCUUUCUUUCUGAUAAGGCCGGUGUUCAGCUAUUGUAUUAUACGCCAGGGCUUGGAGUCGGCGUAUACCUCUCGAUGUACUUCUGCAACGUCUGGCCUCGUCAAACAUUCUUACCCUUAUUCCUCGGCUCCCUAAUAGAAGCUAUCGGCGUCGGUAUGAUGGCGUAUGCUCUAUAUUUCGAGCACUCGCCUACUAUAUACGGCAUGAUGGCACUUACUGGUGCGGGUACAGGUCUACGAUUUAUGCCUUGCAGUCUACAUGCUGUCGGUUUCUUCCCGGACCACGUCGCAACGGUAAUUUCCGUAAUGGCUGUUGCCACGACAUUCGGAGGCACAUUGGCUCUUACCAUCAUGUCCGCUGUCUUCAACAACACAUCGGACAUCUCGAAGGAUUCACCUUUCCAGAACGACUACGAUGCUUUGCAUAAGCUUCCAGAUGAGAUAAAAGCCCACGUUAUCGAGGGCGCCAAGAACGGAAUUACCUGGGCAUUCGUCGCAUUGACGCCCUUCAUGGUUCUUUGCGUACUCGUGUCAGCGUGCUUAGGCAACGUAACCAUUAUCAAGAAAACCGACGGUGCUGAGGCUGCUAAGGCUGAAGCCUCGGGUGAUCAUCUGGUGCAUGGAAGCUACUUACUAUCUCUGAUAUACGGAAAGAGUGAUCCGGAGAAGAGCAUAGAGCUUGGAAACGGGAGGUCGGAUCAGCAGCCUAUGAUAAAGCAGAUGAGUUAAGGCCGAGAUAGAGAGUUAUUUGCUAUACUAUGAAUAUGAUACCCUUCAAAUCGAAACGGUUUGGUUUUUAUAAAAAUGAAGAGAUGCUUGGAUACAUGAUUAGAUAUAUAGAUUCAGUAAAUAUUACCAAGGUAGAAUUUCAGGACAUAUAAACAUAGGUACCUACCAAGUGUCUGUGUAGAUACAUAGAACUAGUACACCUAACGGAUGCCGUCGCU